GCACCGCUCACAGUUGCUCAGCUCAACCACCUUAAUACAUGGAUAAGAUACAGACGAACCGUCCGGAGGAGACACGGGAGCUUCACAAACCUGAAUCAGGAUGGUCUAUACCACGGCUUUACUCUUUGGACACGGAGUGCCCGUCAAGUCGGAGGAAGAAAGUGUCGUUGAGAUGAUAGGAAAGUAUUUCCUCCAGCUCACAUCCCCGGGCUCCAAGACCAGCUCAGCCCGGCGGGGGAGCGUCGAGAGCUGCGACGAGACAGACAACAACUCGCCUUUUGAUAACAUGGACGCUGGUUUGGAGCGUGAAGAGCAGCUCCUGCAGCUGGACGUGAUCCGGCAGAUAGAGCACUGUCUGACAGAAGCCAAAGCGUCCACCCUCCACUGCCAGAUGCUGCUGCUGCCUCGCCAGAUGACCACCAGGGUUGGGCAGGACGUGGUGCGCUCCUCUGUUGAUGAGCCCUGCGGGCUCCGGGGAGCCUCCAUCAAGGUCUACGUGGAGGGAAAAGAUGGCCUGAAGUCUGUGGGGAGCAUCUUCGUGGACCCGAGUGUCACCCCGACAUUCGAACUGUCUGUGAUCUUCAAGGCAGACAAGGACGACGGCUGGCCGCCGCUCAAGCACAUCUUUGAUACCAACAAAGUGUUGAAGCUGAGACCAGAGUACAGGCUGGUUAAGAGGAAGCUCUACUCCUCAGCCAGCCCUGUCAUUCACGAUUUCAACUAGGGGGAAGUUAAGAAAGCAAACCCCUGUCUCACUGGUUGCCUCUUUUUUUGUGUGAAUGUUAUUCUCAACUUUAGCUCAAGUAUCAGGCUACAGGUUUGGUCUGGACUGCACUGGAAAUACUGUCCUGUCUUUUGUUUUAGCUCCAAGGAAGUGGACUGUUCUUUGUUCAUGUAUGAAUGUCUAACUUGGAGCAGGAGGCCGGACUACUUGUUUUCUACACUCUGUAGCCAAUAAGAGUAUUUUGCACAGAAUGGUUGAAUGUUAAAAGUGUACACUGUAAACAUGAAAACUUCCUCCAGGACUGGGCGGGUCUCACUCCUGACGUGUGCUGUACUUUUGUUAUUUAUGCAAAUGUGAAAUAAAUUUUUUUACACUACAA